AUGUCAGCAGUUAAACUCAAGGAAAGUAAAGUCAGAAUUGGUCAUUCUCUGAAUGAAGGAGAGAAGCAGCAUGUUACCCACAGGAGAGAGACUGUUCUACAGUGUUUACAGAGACACAAGAUCCCCUGCAGUCUGGAUACAAUGCCCAACAUUGCACUGCUGGGCUCUGGAGGAGGUGAACGAGCCAUGGUGGGAUUACUGGGAUCACUGGUUCAGCUGGAGAAAUGUGAUCUACUGGACUGCAUGCUGUAUCUGAGUGGAGUCUCAGGAUCCACAUGGUGCAUGGCGUCCUUAUACAAAGAGCCAGACUGGUCCACCAAACUGGAUGCUGUGCAGGAGAAAAUCAUUAAAAGGCUUGAUGGGUCUGAAGUCAGCUGGUCAGAUGCUUGGGAAAAACUGAAAAAUUACUAUAACCAGAGAGACAACUUCUCCCUGACAGACCUCUGGGCUGUAAUGUUUGUCACAAUGAUCGUGAAAGAGAUUGAUGAGAACACUAUAAGCAGUCAGAAUGAGAAUCACAGCAGUGACCCAUAUCCCAUCUACACUGUGACAGACAAACAGUGCAAACAGGAGGAACUGAACCGAGAUGCCUGGUUUGAGAUUACACCUCAUGAAGCUGGAUACUCCCUAACUGGGGCUUUUGUGGAUGCAGCCUGUUUUGGGAGUCAGUUUACAAAUGGAACUGCAGUUAAAAAGCAGCUUGAGACUGACAUGCUGUAUCUGCAAGGACUCUGUGGCAGUGCCCUCGCUGAUGAAGAAGAAAUAAAGGAGUGGUUAUGGAAAAAGAUCAAAGGUAUUCAUGGCCAAAAGGUGCUCUUAACUGUAAUGGAGCUGAACAUUUGUGUACUGAACAAAGAGGACCCCACAAAUCUAAUCACAGAAAUGACUGUGCUGUUGAAAGGAAAGCAGGACAAACAUAUGAGGGCGAUGUUUAUCUCUGCACAGGAGUUACUCCAUGAGCACAGACAUUACAUACUGGAGCAGUACACACUGACCAUAUGUGAAAACUACGAAGAUUGGUUUGAGACCUCAGAGAGAAAAGCAAGGAUCUCGUGGAUUAUCCCAAAGAUCAUACAGCUUCUUUGCAACUGGACAUGGGGAACGACAUACAAUUUCCUCCACAAAAUGAAAGUGGAAGAUGUGCACGCCUCUGUUCUGAGUGAGGAGAAGAGAUAUUAUGAAGAUGCUGGACUGCUGAACAACUCUCCCUAUUUCCCAAUGCUGAGAGAGGAGAGAGACAUCGAUCUCAUCAUCUCCCUUGACUUCAGUGCUGGAGACCCCAUGGAGACUGUGAUCAAUACCUCUGAAAUGUGCAGCGACUUGAAGAUUCCUUUCCCUGAGGUGAAAUUGCCAAGAGGUGUUUCUGAGCCAGAUGACUUCUAUCUGUUUGAGGGGGAGAACGGAGCUCCCACUGUGAUCCACAUUCCCCUUUUCAACAAAGUCAACUGUGAUGGUCAUAUUAAGGAGUGGGCAGACAGAUACACUACGUUUCAGAUGGCCUACAGCCAUGACAUGAUCAUCGAUCUGAUUGAAAAAGCAGGCGAGAAUGUGAAAAACAACAAGGCAAGACUAGUGACAGCGAUUCGGCGGGUCAUUGAGAAAAAGGAGGCCAAAGCACACUAG